GGUGGCGGCAGCGGCAGCAGCAGCAGGAGCAGCGAGAGUUCUGCAGGGACAGCAAGGCAGCAACGCCGACAGGGACGCCGGGGAAGCCCGCGCCCUGCCUCCGCCUCAGUGGCCCUCCCAGGGAACUGGAGCUAGAGCCACUGCGAAGCCAGAGGCUACCUUAGAGCGGCGUCGCGGGGAAGCCUCAGAUCGAGCCUGGGCAAGGCACAGGGCGCAGGCAUCCUUACACCGCGGCGACUGUCCGUGGCGGCUGCGCGGGAGACAAAGCCUCGGGAGAAAGAUGCCCGCGGGGCGCGCACCCGGCGGGGUAGGGAGUGGGCGCCUCCGAGUCUAAGUGCGCCUGGCCUUGCGCCCCGGGGACGCCGAGGCCCCUUCGGGUCCAGCGGCGGGCGGGGCCCAGGUGCGCCCGGCCGGCCGCAGCGGGCCUGUGACUGCUCGGGGGGGCGGCGCCCUCCCGCCGCAGCCGCAGUGGCCGGCGCCGCAGCAAGGAGCCAUGGGCAACAUCUCCUCCAACAUCUCGGCCUUCCAGUCCCUGCACAUCGUUAUGCUGGGCUUGGACUCAGCCGGCAAGACGACGGUGCUCUACCGCCUUAAGUUCAAUGAGUUCGUGAACACGGUGCCCACCAUUGGCUUCAAUACCGAGAAGAUCAAACUGAGCAACGGCACCGCCAAGGGCAUCAGCUGCCACUUCUGGGACGUGGGCGGCCAGGAGAAGCUACGGCCCCUGUGGAAGUCCUACAGCCGCUGCACGGACGGCAUCAUCUACGUGGUGGAUUCGGUGGAUGUGGACCGGCUGGAGGAGGCCAAGACGGAGCUGCACAAGGUGACCAAGUUUGCGGAGAAUCAGGGCACGCCGCUGCUGGUCAUUGCCAACAAGCAGGACCUGCCCAAGUCGCUGCCGGUGGCCGAGAUUGAGAAGCAGCUGGCGCUGCACGAGCUCAUCCCGGCCACCACCUACCAUGUCCAGCCAGCGUGCGCCAUCAUCGGCGAGGGCCUCACCGAGGGCAUGGACAAGCUCUAUGAGAUGAUCCUGAAACGCAGGAAGUCUCUCAAGCAGAAGAAGAAGCGGUAAUGCGCCCCGGCAGCGAUCAAGAACGAGGCUGAGCGAACGAGCCAGUGAGUGAAUGAAUGGACGUCUGGUUGAGCGAGAACCCGCGAACAAAGACAACGAACCAAAGCGAUGCUUCGAAUUUUUAGAACACGAUCUCUGUAUCCAAAUACAGUACUUGGAGACCUAGCCCGGUUGUGGAGGCUGCGUUAUCACCCAUCUCGCCACCUGCCCCACUCCCCACGCCAGCUCAGGGGACCUUUUGUCUAAAUGCUUGAGCUACCGAUGGGGUGGGGUAGGGUAAGCCAUUGGGGUGUGGACGAGAGGACACGAGGGUCCCGUGGUGCGCCCUCUGGCCCCAGGUGGGAAGAUUGGAUGUCAGAGAGACAAAAGCGAUUUCUUCUAGCUCCAGCAGGGCCAGAAGUUCAGGCUGCCUAGCCCCCACUGCGGGGGGAAUCACGUGUGAGUUACCUGAGGUAGGCACUUCACACAGAACCCUGGGGAUACCCCUGUGGGAGCGGGUGUACUGGGGUGUGCUGAUGAAGGGGGGUGGGGAUGACCGCUCCUUGCAUUCAGGAGCUGUAGAAACAGUAAUUUUAUGUCACAGGGCAGGUCCCUGUUGCAAUUUCAUUUGUCCUGCUCUGGACCCAAAGGAGAUGGUAGUUUGGGGCCAUCCAGAGGACUGCCUGGGACCAUGCAGCAGCUGGGGGGCGGGGGCAGGGUUCCGUGCUUCUGGCCUUGGCUGGGAAUGGCCUGGAAGAUGCCACUUUCCAGGUGUGUGUGUGUGUGUGUGUGUGUGUGUGUGUGUGUGUGUGUGUGUGUUUGAGAACUGCUUUUCAGCCUGGGGUGAGACCUCUUCCAGAUGGCCUAGGCCCUGUCCAUGCGUAGGUCAUUAUCACAUAAAGAGACCAAUAAAACAAAGAAAAAUAGAAAACCAUUGGAGGUGGUGGCAAUGCAGGUGUUUAAAGGGUGAGGUUCUUGACAUCAAUGCUCUGUGUGCGUGCGUGGUGUGUGUGUGUGUGUGUGUGUGUGUGUGUGUGUGUGUGUGUGUGU